AUGAACAACAACAUCGUCAACGCGAACGCCGCUAACGACAACGGGGCGGCCGAUCAGCUCGGUUUGGCCCUUGUGCCUGCAGUGCCGGCUGGCGUUCAGGUCGCCCAGGCCGCAAUCAACGCUCCAGGCGGUCCAGAGGACGCUCAGGCUGCCCCCGCCUUUCCGGGUGACCUCGCUGUCCCGCAGGACGCUCCAGCAGCGCUCGGCGGCGCUCCGCAAGGUGGCCCUGCCGCUUUCGUCGCUCAACCUGCACCGGGUCUCGGACAGGCGUAUACGCAGGCGCUCGCCAACCUCGAAGGUGCUGCGCAGGCCAUAUACGGCGUACUCGAACAAGCCAUCGACGGCGCGUUGAAUGCCGCGCACGAUGCAAUGCAUAUGGACGGACCGCAGGCUAUGGCUGCUCUUGCCGAGGCUAAUGGCGAUGCGAACGUUUACGUCAACAAUGCGCACCAAGCCAUCAACGUAUUCCAGGACAAUAUCCACGGCGCGCUCCAGAUAUUCUUUCUCACUGCGCAGCAAGGGGGCGUUGAUGAAAGAAUUUUCACGGAUACGUUCAAUGGAGAGCAAGUAUAUUGGUGGAAAUAUCUUCGAUCUAGGAGUUUCAGUUCUCAAUCACGUAACUAA